AUGUGCCAAUCCCCCAACGCUGCUGAUCAGACUCUUCGGAUACCGCCGCGGAUAUUCACCGAUCGCUGUGUCAACGUCUAUUUCCAGGAGUGGGCUCCUCUCUUCCCAAUCCUCCACAAGCCCACCUUCCUUCGAAUCUACGAAGAGUUUGUUGCGGACCCGGAAAAGGUCAAGAACAACCACAAACUUGCCCAGAUCUACCUUGUCUUCAGCAUCGCUUCCCUCGCCGGCGACUUCCCCGAUACCGCCCAGAUCGCUGCCUGCGAAGCCGAGUGGCAAAAGGCCCUCGAGCCAAUCCUGAUGGACAACACCAUCAUCACCCUUCAGUGCCUUGUUCUCGCCGUGAUGUACUGCACUGUGAGAGCCGACUACAAGAGGCUUCAGCUUUAUAAGGGUAUUGCCGUUAGCCUUUCACACCGCCUUGGACUUCACCAGAGUCAAAAGCGCUUCUCCUUUGGAGCCUUGACCAUCGAGACGAGAAAGAAGGUAUUCUGGACGCUUUACACUGUCGAUUGCUUUUCGGCAGCUGUUCUAGGCCUCCCGAAGCUUUUGAAAGAGGACGACAUCCAUGCCGAAUACCCGGUAGAUAUCGACGACGAAUACGUAAACGAGAAGGGGUUCCAGCCCACUCUUCCCGGCGAGUCCACCCGUCUCAGCGGUGCGCUGGCUCUCUUCCGCGGUACUCGCAUUCUUGCCAAGGUUCUCGAGAAGGUCUACCCCGCGGCUGCCACCCACGAAGUCUCAAUGCAGCAACUUUCCGCUCUUGAUGGGGAACUCACGCAAUGGUACGACUCGCUGCCUCGGCAUCUCAGACUCAACUUUGCGCAGGACAAGCCCUCGACCGAUGUGACUGGAAGCCGGUCACCUCUACUGGCACUUGCGUAUUACUACAUGCGAACUCUUGUAUAUAGACCCGCCGUAGGGUCUAGCUUAGGCCAAAAGGCUGCCCCUGCGCUGAUUUCGAUUGGAGAGGCGAGCAAGCACAUUGUCCAAAUUGUCCAGCUCCUCGAAGAACGGAACAUGACUUUUUCGUUCUGCCUGAACAAAACCGAUACGCUAGUGAUCUGUGGAAUGACGCUCCUUUACCAAACCUUGGACCUCAAGCAGGAUAGCAAGCUGUCCAAAGACAGUCAAAAGUAUGUCAACGCCGUCAUCCAGCUCCUUGUCAAGGCCCAGGCGCCUGGUAGCCUCGACCUUAAACGUAUCGCGGGCAUGAUUAUUGCCGUCGACGAUGGCGGUUCGCCCACACAAUCCCGCGCUAGCCCUCCUACGGCGUCUGCCGGACACACGCAGAGGCGCUCGCCCUCGACCAGCUCGCAUGCGAGAUCCGCUACGCCGCAAGAUGCGAAGCCUAGCAUUGGACGGCUCGCGGGGGCCUCGGCGAGCGAGACGGACCUGCUUCAGCAGCAGGCUAAGCUCAGGAGAAUGACAAUGCCUAGCGCCGCUGCCGGACGACCCGAAGUACUUCGGCCCCAGAGCCGCCGAUCAAUUGACAACCCGCAAACUCAGUCGUUCAACCAGAGAGAGCACCGCCUGUCCAUGUCUCACAGUCCGCAGACAUCACCGUCGCAGCACGGCCUCGACUACCUUGCCCUCAAUCCCGGUAGCCCCGCUCAAGGCCACAUGCCCGUUUCCAUGCAGGGCCGCCGGCAACAUAACCUCCCGUCGCACCUGCAGCAACGACUCUCCCAAAUGCACCCCGGCGCGCAAGUGGACUCCAAGCCAGUUGACCUUUCCUCGUCGCAAUGGGAGGCGCUUCUCGGCUCCUUGGAUGGUGGACAGUCCAACGUGUAUGAUGCCAUCUAUGGCGGGGCACCUCUGUCCUUGAACGACACUGCGGCCAUUCCGACCAACAGUGGAGUGAGUGCAACCUGGCUCGCGGAUGCGUGGGAGCUCAACACGUUCAAUUUGGGAGAUUUUGAUGGAUCUGUUGCAACGCAAAGCGUCCUGAGCAUAUCGGACGAGGGCCUCAGCCCUGGCGAGGAGAUGACGCCGACAGACCUCGGGCUGAGCGUGGGAAGCCUGGAUAUCCAGGGUACAAUGAUUUCCAACCAGUGCAGCAAUGGCGAGGGAUACUUGCAUGGUAUGGGGAAUGACUACAUCAUCUAA